CACACACGGUGCCGCUGCCGCUGCCCGCACACUGUCCAGCCACUUGGAAAUUUCCCUGAACGCAGAGGAAAUUGUGCUGCUGAGGAGCGGGACUGCCGGCCAACGUGAAUCUUCUCGGGGCUGACUUGCUUGAAAUGCCCCAGUUGUGGAUCUGAAGCUGUGAAGAUCAGCAGACAUCCAAGGCUGCAUUUCCCUCAGCAAUAAGGUGUAGCUGCAGCCCCCGCCCACCCCGCCGGCCAAGAUGGUGGUGCUGUCGCUGAAAAUCUGCAUUCGCCAGUGCAAUGUUGUGAAGACGAUGCAGUUUGAGCCCUCCACAGCCGUCUAUGAUGCCUGUAGGAUAAUCAGAGAGAGGGUCCCCGAGGCUCAGACUGGACAGGCUUCAGACUAUGGUCUGUUUCUGUCUGAUGAAGACCCCAGAAAAGGCAUCUGGCUGGAGUCUGGAAGGACGUUGGACUACUACAUGCUCCGUAGUGGGGACAUCCUUGAAUACAAGAAGAAGCAGAGGCCCCAGAAAAUCAAAAUGUUGGACGGGGCCGUGAAAACCGUCAUGGUGGACGACUCCAAAACAGUGGGAGAGCUGCUUGUGACUAUAUGCAGUAGAAUAGGCAUCACAAACUAUGAGGAGUACUCUCUGAUCCAAGAGACGGGGGAGGAGAAGAAGGAAGAUGGGAUGGGGACGCUGAAGAAAGACAGGACGCUGCUGAGAGACGAGAGAAAAAUGGAGAAGCUGAAAGCCAAAUUGCACACAGACGAUGACUUGAACUGGCUGGACCACAGCAGGACGUUCAGAGAGCAGGGGGUGGACGAGAACGAGACCCUCCUGCUCAGACGCAAGUUCUUCUACUCCGACCAGAACGUGGACUCCCGAGACCCCGUCCAACUCAAUCUUCUUUAUGUGCAGGCCCGAGAUGACAUCCUCAACGGUUCUCAUCCUGUAUCAUUUGACAAAGCUUGCGAGUUCGCAGGCAUUCAGGCCCAGAUCCAGUUUGGACCUUACAUAGAGCAUAAACACAAACCUGGAUUCUUGGACUUGAAGGAGUUUCUUCCCAAAGAAUACAUCAAGCAAAGAGGAGCUGAAAAGAAAAUAUUCCAGGACCACAAAAACUGUGGAGAAAUGACAGAGAUUGAAGCAAAAGUGAAAUAUGUCAAACUGGCACGAUCUCUUAGGACAUAUGGCGUCUCCUUCUUCCUGGUCAAGGAAAAGAUGAAGAGUAAGAACAAGCUGGUGCCACGGCUGCUGGGGAUCACCAAAGAGUCUGUGUUGAGAGUGGAGGAGAAGACCAAAGAUGUUGUUCAGGAGUGGCCACUCACCACUGUGAAGAGGUGGGCAGCGUCACCCAAGAGCUUCACCCUGGACUUUGGGGAGUACCAGGAGAGCUAUUACUCGGUGCAGACCACUGAAGGGGAACAGAUCUCUCAGCUCAUUGCCGGUUACAUUGACAUCAUCCUCAAAAAGAAGCAAAGCAAGGACCGCUUUGGAUUAGAAGGCGAUGAGGAGUCGACCAUGCUUGAGGAAUCUGUGUCCCCGAAAAAGUCCACCAUCCUUCAGCAGCAGUUUAAUCGCGUGGGCCGGGUGGAGCAUGGCUCGGUGGCACUGCCAGGGGUCAUCCGCUCCGGCUCCAUUGGCACAGAGUCGCUCAGCAUGGGCACCAUGCCAUCGGCUCAACAGCAGAUCACAAUGGGUCAGAUGCACCGUGGACACAUGCCACCUCUUAGUUCAGCACAACAGGCUCUGAUGGGAACCAUCAACACCAGUAUGCAAGCUGUGCAGAAAGCCCAGAUUGACCUCGGGGAGGUCGAAAACCUUCCGCCACUGGGACAAGACAUGGCAUCCAAGGUGUGGAUCCAGAACAAGAUGGAUGAGUCAAAACAUGAGAUCCACUCCCAGGUCGACGCCAUCACUGCAGGAACCGCCUCUGUUGUCAACCUCACUGCUGGUGAUCCGACUGACACAGACUACACCGCCGUGGGCUGCGCCAUCACCACCAUCUCCUCCAACCUGACAGAAAUGUCAAAGGGUGUGAAGCUGCUGGCUGCCCUGAUGGAGGACGACGUGGGUGGAGGUAAUAACCUGAUGAGGGCUGCCAGGACACUCGCAGGGGCCGUGUCUGACCUGCUGAUUGCUGUGGAGCCGGCUUCUGGAGAGCCCAGACAGACUGUGUUGACAGCAGCAGGCAGCAUCGGCCAGGCCAGUGGAGACCUCCUUCGCCAGAUUGGAGAAAGCGAGACAGACGAGAGGUUCCAGGACAUCCUGAUGAAUCUGGCCAAAGCAGUGGCCAACGCUGCAGCCAUGUUGGUGCUGAAGGCCAAGAACGUUGCCCAAGUUGCCGAGGACAGCGUGCUUCAGAACCGGGUCAUUGCUGCUGCCACUCAGUGUGCCCUGUCCACCUCCCAGCUGGUGGCAUGUGCCAAGGUGGUGAGUCCCACCAUCAGUUCACCGGUUUGCCAGGAGCAGUUAAUCGAAGCCGGAAAGCUGGUGGAUCGCUCGGUGGAAAGCUGCGUCCAGGCCUGCCUCUCGGCAACAGAAGAUGGCGAGCUCCUUAAACAGGUGAGCGCAGCAGCCAGCGUGGUGAGUCAGUCUCUGGGAGAUCUCCUGCAGCAUGUCCGCCAGUACACCUCAAGGGGAGAGCCUAUCGGGCGCUAUGACCAGGCCACAGACACCAUCAUGACCGUCACUGAGAGCAUCUUCAGCUCGAUGGGAGACGCAGGAGAGAUGGUCCGUCAGGCUCGCGUGUUGGCUCAGGCCACCUCGGACCUGGUGAAUGCCAUGAGGUCUGACGCUGAGGCCGAGGUGGACGUUGACAAUUCUAAAAAGUUGCUGGCAGCUGCUAAAUUACUGGCUGACGCCACAGCGAGGAUGGUGGAGGCAGCAAAGGGCGCGGCGGCGUACCCAGAGAAUGAAGACCAGCAGCAAAGACUGCGGGAGGCAGCAGAGGGGCUGCGUGUGGCCACCAACGCUGCGGCUCAGAAUGCCAUUAAGAAGAAACUAAUUAACAGACUGGAGAACGCUGCUAAGCAAGCUGCUGCAGCGGCCACACAGACCAUCGCUGCUGCUCAAAACGCUGCUGCCUCCAACAAGAACACUGCUGCUCACCAGCAGCUGGUGCAGAGCUGUAAGGCAGUGGCAGACCACAUCCCACAACUGGUCCAGGGGGUGCGUGGCAGUCAGGCGAAAUCAGAGGACCUCAGUGCACAACUAGCACUUAUCAUUGCCAGCCAGAACUUCUUACAGCCUGGUAGUAAGAUGGUGACCUCAACCAAGUCAUCGGUUCCCACGGUGACAGAUCAGGCUGCAGCCAUGCAACUGGGUCAGUGUGCCAAGAACCUGGCCACCUGCCUGGCUGAGCUGAGGACGUCUGUACAAAAGGCCCAUGAAGCCUGCGGCCCCAUGGAGAUCGACUCUGCGCUCACUGCCAUCCAGACCCUGAGAAGUGAGCUGCAAGAUGCCAUGCUGGCUGCUGUUAAUGCCCAGCUGAAACCACUACCAGGAGAGUCGUUGGAGAAGUGUGCUCAGGAUCUGGGCAGCACCUCUAAGUCAGUUGGAUCCUCCAUGGCUCAACUGCUCACCUGUGCUGCACAAGGAAAUGAACACUACACAGGAAUAGCAGCCAGGGAGACCGCUCAGGCCCUGAGGACACUGGCCCAGGCGGCCCGCGGCGUCGCUUCCUCCACCACGGACCCCAAAGCUGCUGCCGCCAUGCUGGACUCCGCUCGCGACGUUAUGGAGGGCUCGGCACUUCUCAUUCACGAGGCCAAGCAGGCACUUAUUUCCCCCGGAGAUGCAGAGAGUCAGCAGAGGCUGGCGCAGGUGGCCAAGGCUGUGUCUCAUUCCCUGAAUAACUGCGUCAACUGUCUGCCUGGACAGAAGGAUGUGGACAUGGCUCUCAAGAGCAUCGGGGAGGCCAGCAAGAAGCUGCUGAUUGAAACUAUGCCUUCGGCUUCCAAGUCAUUUCAGGAGGCCCAGAGUGAGCUGAACCAAACGGCAGCAGAACUGAACCAGUCAGCAGGCGAGGUGGUCCACGCCUCCAGAGGCUCCAGCAGCCAGCUGGCAGUGGCCUCUGGAAAGUUCAGUGAAGACUUUGAUGAGUUCCUGGAUGCUGGUAUAGAGAUGGCCGGGCACACUCAGAAAAAGGACGACCAAGUGCAGGUGAUUGGUAACCUGAAGAACAUCUCCAUGGCUUCUAGCAAGCUGCUGCUGGCAGCUAAAAGUCUGUCUGUUGACCCUGCAGCUGCAAAUGCCAAACACUUGCUAGCUGCUGCUGCAAGAGCGGUGACUGACAGCAUUAACCAGCUGAUCACGCUGUGUACUCAGCAGGCUCCUGGCCAGAAUGAGUGUGACAACGCCCUGAGAGAGUUGGAGGCUGUCAGAGGAAUGCUGGACAAUCCCAACGAGCCGGUCAGUGACCUCUCCUACUUCGACUGCAUCGAGAGCGUAAUGGAGAACUCCAAGGUCCUGGGAGAGUCUAUGGCGGGUAUUUCUCAGAACUGCAAGACUGGAGAUGUGCCGGCAUUCGGAGACUGUGUAGGAUCAGCCUCAAAAGCCCUGUGUGGCCUCACUGAAGCUGCGGGACAGGCCUCCUACCUGGUGGGUGUAUCUGAUCCCAACAGUCAGGCAGGGCACCAGGGGUUGGUUGACCCCAUCCAGUUUGCCAAAGCCAACCAGGCAAUCCAGAUGGCCUGUCAGAAUCUUGUAGACCCAGGCAGUAGUCCCUCCCAGGUGCUCUCUGCAGCCACCAUUGUCGCUAAGCACACCUCGGCUUUGUGCAACGCCUGCCGUCUGGCCUCCUCCAAGACGACCAACCCAGUUGCCAAGAGGCACUUUGUCCAGUCUGCCAAGGAGGUGGCCAACAGCACUGCCAACUUGGUCAAAACCAUCAAGGCUUUAGAUGGGGAUUUCUCAGAUGAGAACAGGAACAAGUGUCGAGUCGCCACGGCUCCACUAAUCGAGGCUGUUGAAAACCUGACAACGUUUGCUUCCAACCCAGAGUUUGCCAGCAUCCCAGCUCAAAUCAGUAGAGAGGGCUUUGCAGCGCAGGAGCCCAUCCACCAAUCAGCACGCUCCAUGCUGGACAGCUCCACCUACCUGCUCAAGACUGCACGCUCAUUGGUUAUCAACCCCAAAGACCCGCCUACCUGGUCUGUUCUGGCUGGUCACUCUCGCACCGUGUCCGACUCCAUCAAGAGUCUCAUCACAGCCAUCCGGGACAAGGCCCCGGGCCAGCGGGAGUGCGACUCGUCAAUUGAUAACAUUAACAAAUGUAUCCGGGACAUUGAGCAGGCCUCUCUGGCAGCAGUCAGCCAGAACUUAGCCAGCAGGGACGACAUCUCACUGGAGGCACUACAAGAGCAACUGACGUCCACUGUGCAGGAAAUUGGCCACUUAAUUGACCCCGUUUCCACCGCUGCUCGAGGCGAAGCUUCCCAACUAGGACAUAAGGUGACCCAGUUGGCCCGUUACUUUGAACCGCUGAUCAUGGCCUCUGUGGGUGUGACAUCCAAGCUGAGGGAUCACCAGCAACAGAUGACUUUCCUGGACCAAACUAAGACCCUGGCUGAGUCUGCCCUGCAGAUGCUCUACGCUGCCAAGGAAGGUGGAGGAAACCCAAAGGCAUCACAUACCCAUGAUGCCAUAGAAGAGGCAGCCCAGCUCAUGAACGAGGCGGUUGAAGAUAUCAUGGUGACGCUGAAUGAAGCUGCCAGUGAAGUGGGCAUGGUGGGAGGAAUGGUGGAGUCCAUCGCAGAGGCCAUGGCCAAGCUGGAUGAAGGUACACCGCCUUUACCUGACGGCUCAUUUGUAGAUUACCAGACCAGUAUGGUGAAACACUCUAAGGCUAUUGCUGUCACUGCUCAGGAAAUGAUGACCAAAUCGGUGACAUGUCCAGACGAGCUGGGAGGCCUGGCCUCUCAGGUGACUGUGGACUACAGCCAGCUGGCCGUUCAGGGACGACUGGCUGCUCACACAGCUGAGCCAGAGGAGAUUGGUUUCCAGAUCAAGACUCGAGUGCAGGAGCUCGGACAUGGCUGCAUCUUCCUCGUCCAGAAGGCUGGAGCGCUGCAGAUCACUCCCUCUGACGGCUUCACCAAACGAGAGCUCAUUCAAUGUGCCCGUGCAGUCACAGAGAAGGUGUCUUUGGUGCUCUCGGCCCUCCAGACAGGCAACAAGGGCACUCAGGCCUGCAUCACAGCAGCCAGCGCGGUGUCUGGCAUCAUCGCUGAUCUGGACACCACCAUCAUGUUUGCCUCUGCCGGCACACUCAAUGCAGAGAAUGACGAGUCUUUCGCUGAUCACAGGGAAAACAUUUUGAAGACGGCCAAAGCUCUGGUGGAGGACACAAAGAUGCUGGUUUCCGGUGCGGCUUCUGGGCAGGACAGGUUGGCUCAGGCCGCCCAGUCUUCUGCCAAAACCAUUACCCAGCUCACAGAUGUGGUCAAGCUGGGAGCUGCCAGUAUUGGCGCUGAUGACCCUGAGACACAGGUGGUUCUCAUAAAUGCUGUAAAGGAUGUGGCUAAGGCGCUGGCUGAGCUCAUUAGUGCCACCAAGUGUGCCGCUGGCAAGGCAGCAGAUGAUCCGUCGAUGUACCAGCUGAAGAGCGCUGCCAAGGUGAUGGUGACCAACGUCACGUCCCUGCUGAAGACCGUCAAGGCUGUUGAGGACGAGGCCACUCGGGGCACCAGAGCACUGGAGGCCACCAUCGAGUGCAUCAAACAGGAAUUGACGGUGUUUCAAUCCAGGGAUGCUCCAAACAAGACAACCACUCCUGAGGAGUUCAUUCGCAUGACGAAGGGCAUCACCAUGGCAACCGCUAAAGCAGUGGCUGCAGGGAACUCUGCCCGGCAGGAAGACAUCAUCCAUACAGCCAACCUCAGCCGCAAGGCUAUUUCAGACAUGCUCACCACCUGCAAGCAAGCGGCCUACCAUCCAGAGGUCAGUGAGGAAGUGAAGAACAGGGCACUGAUGUUCGGAUCGGAGUGCACAACUGGAUACAUCGAUUUACUGGAACAAGUGCUAUUUGUUCUGCAGAAGCCGACUGGAGAUCAGAAGCAACAGUUGGCCACUUGCUCCAAACGAGUGGCGGGAGCGGUGACGGAGCUCAUCCAGACCGCAGAGGCCAUGAAAGGUUCAGAGUGGGUGGACCCCGAGGAUCCAACAGUGAUUGCAGAGACGGAGCUGCUCGGAGCGGCAGCGUCCAUUGAAGCAGCAGCUAAGAAGCUGGAGCAGCUCAAACCCCGAGCCAAGCCCAAGCAAGCAGACGAGACGCUGAACUUUGAGGAGCAGAUCCUGGAGGCAGCCAAGUCCAUCGCUGCAGCCACCAGCGCUUUGGUCAAAUCGGCCUCGGCUGCCCAGAGAGAGCUGGUGGCUCAGGGCAAAGUGGGCCUCAUCCCUGCCAACGCUGUGGACGACGGGCAGUGGUCCCAGGGGCUCAUUUCUGCUGCACGUAUGGUGGCAGCAGCGACCAGCAACCUGUGUGAGGCAGCCAACGCCUCCGUGCAAGGCCAUGCAAGUGAGGAGAAGCUCAUCUCUUCAGCCAAGCAGGUGGCUGCCUCCACUGCCCAGCUGCUUGUGGCCUGUAAGGUGAAGGCUGACCAGGACUCUGAGGCCAUGAGGAGACUACAGAUUGCUGGGAAUGCAGUAAAGAAGGCCUCCGACAAUUUGGUGCGGGCCGCUCAGAAGGCAGCGUUUGACAAAGCGGAUGAAGCCAACGUGGUGGUCAAGACGAAGUUUGUGGGUGGAAUAGCACAGAUCAUUGCAGCCCAGGAGGAGAUGCUGAGAAAGGAGAGGGAGCUGGAAGAAGCAAGGAAGAAACUGGCUCAAAUCCGGCAGCAGCAGUACAAGUUCCUGCCCACUGAACUACGAGAGGACGACAACUAAAGAGUCAAACUCCCAGCUGCAAACGCUCUACGCCGUGUGAAGAGUUCAUCUGUGUUUGUUACGAGUCGUGUCCUUUUUAACGGCUCACGGCGACUUCAGAUAUGUUGUGACUGAUUUAACGAACCAGUAAUGGCCGAGUCUGCAGUGAAUCCACAUCACAUGGCAAGAUCUCAAAGUCAACCACUUGCAAAUUUGAAUUACUACUGUAUGGAACUGACUACUUUCUGAAAACUGACUGAAGAACUGCUUAUUGUCCUCGUGUACAGCACAACCACUUUGACUGAUCCCAUCUAAACCAGAAUGUGACACGCUCUGGACAAACGGCACAGCUCUCAUGUUUGCCCUUAAGCUACAGUUUCGUCUUUCUUCUGGUUCACAAAUUGCAGCUCUAAAUCAUAAACUUCUGAGUAGAAGACAAGAUUGUAUUGCCAUUAAUUUGAUAAAGCCGUUUAACUGCAACGUCAAGCAGAUUUCUGCUCGGCACUCUGAUAUUAUUUGAAUGUUGGCCUUUUGUGCUGCAAUGUGGCACCUUUUAAUAAUGUCUGUUUCAAUCGUGACGUGUCUUGACUUUGAUCCUGUGGUCAUUAACCCUAUAUGGAAGGUGGGAUGCAUAUUUGUGUUUCUUGAACCAUAGUGUACAUUUCAAUAUCAGACAGUAGUUUUGGGGAAUCUGCCUUCAAAGUAGACAGUGAUGUAAGCGUCUUUGCUUUCAUUUUCUUUAUGCAAAUAUUGAUGGGCUCUACAUGCAAAAUGUAUUUUCUAAGGUGCAACAAAUUCUACAUGUUUGUCUAAACUCUUGCAUAUAGGUGUCAUCGUGUGGAGACGCUCAGACUCGAGUAGAAUGUUUUACAUUACCUUACCAUGUGAAUGCUUUUCUACACAGGACCACAUAUUGCCAUUGAAGGAAUAUUUAUUUCUCCUGAGUUGUUGUUUUUUGCGAAGAGGGGUCAGAAAUUGUCUCGCUUAUUUACCACCACUAGCAGAGGCUGUGGUCAUAUCUUUCCCAAUCCUUCAUCCAUCUUAUGGGUACUGAGACCUACACGCAGUAUAAACUGAAUUUGAUCAUCAUGCAAUAACAUGGACGGUGCUCUAGGGGGCAGUAUUGGUUUCCCUUACACCAUGCAAGUAAUAAUACAGGAGAUGAUAUUGUAUAAUUGAGUGCUUGUUUUAGUUUUUAAGUAUAAAAUAUGUGGUUAGAGAAACCAGGCAGGUUGAUUGGUUACAGCAUCUUGCAAAUUAAGAAUACCAGUAAAUACAGAUUUACUUUGGCCCUUCCCUUGGUGGUUUUCUAGUCCUUUCUCCAGCAAUACUAAAUCACUGCCAGGGAUUAAUUUGAGUCUAUCCACCUCCCAAUUCUGUAAUUUCAGAAAGCAGCACAUUUAUAAAUCUGAAAAGAACGUGGCAAUAAGCUAAUUGUAUCAAAUAAAACUGGUUAGAAUUGAUGUUAAAAUAAGUGGCUUGAAAGUGAAGUGGCUGCAACACUAAUCGCUGCAGUUCAUCUUUUGGUCCAUCAGCCUCUGAAUUGCAGGGUGCUUUAUGCGACUACACUGAAUAUACUACUUGCUGCAAUAGAAGAACCUUUUGUUUACCGAGUUUGAUUGUAGUGUGUUUGGUUCACUCGUCUUACUUUCUGGUCUGUAACUACAGUAAAUCGUAAGAUUAGAUCCUGCUGUGAAAAUGCAUGGCUUUGUGCUUCAGAUGCAUCUCUUUCUUUAUACAGUGGCAGAGUUAAACAUUUAAGGAUGUACUGAGUGAUUCUGACCUCCACGUACAAGAUGGUACACCAUAGGGCUCAAGACGGACCGUCACAUUAUUAUUAUUAUUAUUAUUAUUAUUUGUUUUUUAACAGUUGGGUCUGAAUUCAGAGAUGUUUUCUGGCAUUGCAUUGUG